GCCAGGGAAACCGAGAACAAUAAUUUGAAAAAUAAAAUAAAAUUGUUGGAAUCUAAGCUUGAGUCGGCUGAGCAAAGAGGUAGUUGCAUGAAAGAUGAAGGUGUUCAAACUGAUCUUCAAUUACCCUCUGAUUCAAGUGAAGUUACUGGUGAUGUUUUUCAGGAAAACGAGCGGUUACACAAGGAUUUGCAGCAAACUCAUCAACUUUUGCUAAUGGCCCGCAACUCUGAGUCUGUUUAUCGGGCACAAGUAUCGCUCAAUGAAAGUCGACUUGAGUCUAAAUGCAGGCAAGUAAUCUCUCUUAGUUGA